AUGGAGGCAUUCGUGGACUCCGGUCGGAUUCCUGAAUACGAGCAGUUUCUUCUUUUUGGAGACUCGAUCACCCAGUUCUCGUAUGACCAGCGCCUGGAGUUCGGUUUUGGCGCGGCUCUCCAAAACGCCUAUUCUCGACGCCUGGAUGUGAUCAACAGAGGCUUUAGCGGCUACACGACUGCCAAUGCAAUCAAAGUCUUGCCAAAGUUCUUUCCGGAACCCCAGCGAGCACGGGUUCGCUUGAUGACGAUCUUCUUCGGGGCCAAUGAUGCAGUCCUGCCUCCCCAUGCGCAGCAUGUGCCACUCAGUCAAUACAAGGAGAACUUGAAGGCCAUCGUGGAGCACCCAGUGAUCAGCGCCCAGAAACCAAAGAUUAUUAUCCUUACUCCCCCACCAGUCAACGAGUAUCAGUUGGAGGCCUUUGAUGCGGAGAAGGGAUUUGAGAGCCCAAGCCGAACAGCAAGCAACACAAAGCAGUAUGCUGAUGCGUGCCGCGAAGUUGCACACUCCCUGGGGAUUCCCGUGGCAGAUAUCUGGACUGCAUUUAUGAAGGCUGCAGGCUGGCAGGAUGGCCAGCCUCUUGCUGGUUCCAAGGAGAUCCCAAAGAAUGACAUUCUGGAGAGCUUGCUGACGGAUGGCUUACAUGUCACUGGUAAAGGCUACAAGAUCAUGUUCGAUGAAGUCAUGAAAGUAAUCGAGGCAACUUGGCCGGACCAGGUACCAGAGAGACUCCCUAUGAUUUUUCCUCACUGGUCAGAGGCUCCAAAAUGA